GCGGCUGUCGGCGGGAGUCGGGACCGCCGGUCAUCGUGGCGAAUGCCGAAUGUCGAGUGCGAGGGCACAGCUUGCCUCAUGGGCGGCAUGGGCGGGAUGGCGGGAUGACGGGAUGACGGGAAUACCUGGAUGGGGAUGUCUGGCCUGUGAAGGGGCGCUGCACGUCCAUAAAUAAUCACUUAGACUGUACGUGACAGUCGGAAGGGCAGUUGAUUAGACGGAGGCGUUCGUCGGAAAGGUCGGAAAGUGGAGCGAAGAGCGGAAAGAUGGUAGCAAAGCGAACUUAAAAAGUCGGAUAUGGUGUCCGUGUCGAUAACCACUCGGUCGUCGAAUACAAGGAGACAAGGAUAGAGAGGGAGCUGAGCAGCAUACAUCACGUACCACGCAGCAUGGAGCCAUGCAGCAUGCACGGUUAAACGCGGUGGGUGAAUGACCGAUCUUUGCUUGCGGUAAUUUGUCGGCUUCUACGAAGCGAUUGACGACGACGGCGACGGGAUCGUACCGUUCGUUUGGGUUCGAGAGCCAACAGGUCGACUAGCCGUGUCAUCGCCGUUGCACACAAGUGGAGAGAGAGAGAGAGAGAGAGAGAGAGAGAGAGAGAGAGAGAGAGAGAGAGAGAGAGAGAGAGAGAGAGAGAAGGAUGAAUGCGCUUACGAGGAACAAGGAAACAGUGAGGUGAACACGGGCAUUGACAUGUAUUGAGUCCUGGAACAUGGGCAUUGACAUGUAUUGAGUCCUGGAACAUGGGCAUUGACGUGUAUUGCGUCCUGGAACAUGGGCAUUGACAUGUAUUGAGCUCUGGUCUCGCGGUUAGAUGCGCACGUCCACUGCCAGCAUUCGCACUCAACUCUGUGCAGGGUGUAAAUUGGUGGAACACUUUGCAUCAACCUUUUGACGUGCAGAGGAGUCGCUCCCCGCACUCCUGCGCAGGCGGAAAGGAAGCAAGCGGGAGAGAGAGAGAGAGAGAGAGAGAGAGAGAGAGAGAGAGAGAGAGAGAGAGAGAGAGAGAGAGAGAGAGAGAGAGAGAGAGAGAGAUGGAUCCGGAAAGGUCGAUACUGCAGAGGAAAGCAGCUUUGCGGUCGUCAUUUACUGUUCAAGCCAACGCUCUGAGUCGGAAGAACUUGCGGCUUCAAGCUCGUCAAUGGAGGGUGAACGCCUGUCUUGUGGUGUUCCCCCUGCUUCUCUUCGUCCUCCUCCUUGCUUUGCAGUUUCUCUUCGACAAUGUUCUUCUCGGCGGCGACGACUUCAAAUGCGGGUGUAAUCCCCAGAACAAGUCUGAGUGUGGGGUCGAGUUCUCGAACGGUGCUCAAGCUGGUUGGUGUGCCAUAAAGAACCCUCCUGCUAAUCCUGCUCUUUUGCAAAUGCCGAAUAUAACGACCGGUUUGCCUGCAGUGCCUUUCUCGACGGUCGUACCGGUUACUGCCUACAACCGGUCGUUAGCCGAUGCCAUUGGCCGUCUGCUUUUCAAGGCUGUGAAGCCUGAUGUUCUCUCCUCUGCUAGUCGAAGCUUCCUGUCCAUUUAUCCCGUUUCUCCUAACGGGCUGACUUUGACUUUACCUCUCAACAACAGGUCAGCAGCAGCAAGCAGGGGAUCUCCAUCUUUAGUCGCCGGGACAGCCAUGGAUCCGGACGUCGGCGUGCAAAUCAUCGAGCAAGCUUUCAUUGGGCAAGACGCGCCGUACACUCCUUUGUUCUUACUUAGCAGUUCUUGCGCGGCGGCGUUCGCGAACGGGAGCUCUGCCACGUGGCAGCUUCGGAAGGCUAAUCUGAGCGGAGAGGCGUUCGGUGGCAACGUGCCGUUCGUUGAUUCGUCGUCCGAGCUAAGCUUCCGCGUGGGUUGUUAUGAGGCCAAUUACACCUACUUCCCUCCCUCCUUCGACUUGGACUUCCUUCGACGGGUUUUCCCCGGCGGCGAUGGCGCGCUUAAGAUAACCGAGGGUUUUGGUAGCAGCGUCGAAGCGUACUUGUACAACAGGUACUUCUUGGCCAGACCUAGUAAACAGGAGGUAGAGGGCGGGAAGGAGUAUGUACCUGGAGUCGUAGCGGCGUACGAUUUCAAGAAUUCUUCUUCCUCCGGUGGAUUAAACCUACACGUAUGGUAUAACGACACUUACCGUUCGAGUGGUGGUGGUGGAGGUCAGCCAGACCGGAAUCUUCGACUCGCUCGGUCUUUUAAUCUCGCUACGAAGGCCUUCUUGUCGUGGGCGAAGGGAGCAAACGACAACAACAACAACAGGAAUGUAAGUGAGAGUCUGCUUUCGCUGUUGUAUGUGAAGGAGUUCCCUAAGGGAGGUACGAGCUUGCAGCUUGAUGUGAGUGCCUUUUUUGGUCCUCUCCUCUUCGUCUGGGUCUUAGGUCUCAUCCUUCCUAUCGUUUGCAACAGCCUCGUGUACGAGAAAGAGGUCCGCCUUCGCUCGAUGAUGAAAAUGCACGGGCUUGGCGAUGGCCCGUACUGGGCGAUAUCUUAUCUCUACUUCCUCACCGUGUCCAUCGUGUACAUGUUCUUCUUCGUCGCGAUGGGAAAUGUCGUUCGUGUCAAGUUCUUCACGCUCAACGACAUGUCGAUUUUGAUCGUCUUCUUGCUCGUGUACUUCAACAAUCUGGUUGCAUUCGGUUUCCUCUGGAGUGCGAUUUUCAGCUCCACGAAGACCGUCACCAUCUCCGCGUACUUGUACGUCUUCGGGUCCGGAUUGCUGGCUGAGUAUCUCUUCAGAUUCUUUCUUGAAAACCCUUCGACGUCGAGGGGAGUGGUCUUUGCCUUCGAGCUCGUGCCGGCUUUCGCGCUCUAUCGCGGCCUCUACGAGUUCGCUAAUUACUCGUUCGUAGGUAAUUACAUGUCGACGAAGGGGAUGAGGUGGAGCAAUCUGUCGGACGAGAACAACGGUGUGGGAGGUAUGAUUGGCAUUCUCGUGGUGGAGUGGAUUAUCUUCCUCCUGCUCGCGCUGUACCUCGAUCAGAUCGUCGAUACCGGAGCCGGUGUGCCUCGACGUCCGCUCUUCUUCCUCGAUUGGUGCUUCGGCGGGGAGCGAGGUAAGAAGCAGGACGGAGGAGGGAGAAAGGAGAUGGAGUUGCCCAGUUUCAUGACACCGACGGGGAGAGGUGGUGGUGGUGGGGGCUCUAGCGGCGGCGGACCAGUCGGCGAGGAUGUAGCGGCGGAGAAGCAGACGGCGAGAGCCGCUUUGGAGGGCCUUCUGGGGAAGGCGGGGGGGGGUUCCUCCUCGGGUCUGUCGAUAGUGUGCGACGAGCUGCAGAAGGUUUAUAAGGGUACGGAUGGUAAUCCCGACAAGUUCGCUGUGCAGGGGAUGUCGCUUGCUGUCCCGAGAGGGGAGUGCUUCGGCAUGCUGGGACCGAAUGGCGCCGGCAAGACGACGAGCAUCAACAUGAUGGUGGGCUUUCUGGAGCCGACCUCGGGGACGGCGCUGAUCGAGGGGAUGGACAUUCGGGGGGAGAUGUCGGCGAUCCAUUCGGUGAUGGGCGUGUGUCCGCAGCACGAUCUGUUGUGGGAAACUCUGACCGGAAGAGAGCACCUGUUGUUCUACGGCAGGCUGAAGAACCUGAAGGGGGAGCAGCUGGAGCGGGAGAUCGAGAUGUGGCUGAGGAAGAUGAACCUCUACAACGGAGGAGUGCUGGCGAAGCCUGUCAGGGCGUACAGCGGCGGGAUGAAGAGGAGACUCAGCGUGGCCAUCUCGCUGAUCGGCAAUCCGCUGGUGGUGUACAUGGACGAGCCGAGCACGGGACUCGAUCCCGCGUCGAGGAAUAACCUGUGGCAGGUCGUGAAGGAGGCGAAGAGAGGCAGGGCCAUCAUCCUGACCACUCAUUCCAUGGAGGAAGCGGAGGUACUGUGCGAUCGCCUCGGCAUUUUCAUUGACGGCCAGUUCGCGUGCAUCGGCAAUCCCAGGGAGCUGACGGCUCGGUACGGCGGGACGUACGACCUGACAGUAACGACCCCGCCGGGAGAGGAGUCGGCCGUCGAGGCGCUCGCUCUAUCUCUCUCUCACCGUGCGAAGAAAGUGUACUCCCUUGGAGGAACGCAGAAAUUCGAGCUCCCCUCGUCGGAGGUGGACCUGGCUGACGUCUUCGAUGCCAUCGAACGAGCGAAGACCAAGAUCAACAUCCAGGCCUGGGGCAUAGCCAACACCACGUUAGAGGAUGUCUUCAUCAAAGUGGCAGGAAAGAAAUAGAGAGAAUAAAACCGUCAUUAAGGCUCGUCUUCUCUGCUUUAUCACCCUCGUAAAAAAACAGCACAUUGAUUUAUUCGUUUUUCUUUUCUUACGUAUUUUAUUUUCAUUAUUAUUUGAUUAAUGCACCUGUGCUCCUUCGCUGGGUUGUCGCUUUCGCCUAUGACCGUGUCCGAGGUCGGCCACCCUGGCCCCUUUCUCGUGCGGUGAUUUAAGAGUAGGGUUUUCUCCUUCUUCUUCCUCCUCUUCUUCUUCUUUCUUCUUCUUCUUCUUCUUCUUCUUUCUUCUUCUUCUUCUUCUUCUUCUUCUUCUUCUUUCUUCUUCUUCUUCUUCUUCUUCUUUUGCUUGAUUAGGCAAUUCACGAAAUAUUUUGUGCAGAAAAAGCCGGCUUGCACGGUUUUGCUCCUCUCUUAUAUGUACAUAUGUUUUUGUUUAAUAUGAAUAUUUGAGUACUAUCUGAUUGAGAGUGCUUUUGGAGUAUUUGAAAUACCAGAAUACUAGAGCGUUUCUUGUAUAUUAGAAUACUAGACCGUUUCUUGUUGUUUCCGCUUUCGAUGGGACCAGGAUGCCUUCGCUCUCUCGUCGUUCUUGAAGGUUCUUCUCCCUCUUCUCUUUCGCUUCGCGGCGUCCAUUGUCGACGAAUAUUCUCACAAAGUCUUAUGGAUUUGCGACGAUUACUCUUGACUCCGCGCUAUUUCUGGACGGAAUUGGGUUCAGAUACAUCCAAUUAAGACCGUAAUUACCGUCAGAUGCAUUUAACUCUGUGCUAGUCAGUAUGCUCUGAGCUGGAACAUGAUGGGUGUGGACUUCGCUCUCUUCUCGUUUGUGCCUCGCUUUUCCUUUUUCAUCUUGUCGAAUUCACGAUCGCUUCCCUUCCCCUUCCCCCCCCUCCCCCUCCCUUUUCCUUUCCGCUCUGCCACGGUAGUCCUGCUGCUGUUCGGACCAUAAUUCUUCUUCUCCGUCGGCGAAGAAAUUAUUAACGACCGGUGUUAGGUAGUGUUUUUCAACCCGACACAUUCUCAAUUGCUUGCUGUCAGUUUUUUUUGAGUUGUAUUUCAAUUUCUUAUUACUGAUUUCUCUCUUGUCUGGAGCGUGGUUGAGUGUCGUCGGCUCGCCGAAGGGUUUAGGUUUAGAACACCUACCUCACACAAUCGCCGACGGGCUUCUUUAAAUUAAUACCGUACGGUUUGGCUUGGUUUAAAAAAAAAAAAAAAAAAACCUACUUUGUAUAGUUGAUGACUCACACUGGCUGUAUGGCCAUCGCUCCACUAGAGAGAAUUAUGAAUGUGUUUCGCGAUCUGAUAGCUGUGGCCAUACAUUCAAAAUGCUGGAUUAUUCCGAAUGAAUAUUUUUGACAUUGGAGACCAGAUACAUGUAAGUUUUGUAAUGGACCGAGGGGCUAUUUAUGGUAUAUAGUGCAUUUUUUGUGUCGAGGAGUAGUCUGUGUUAAAUUCCCGAGGGAUUGCGGUAAUGUCAUUUUCGUUAAACGCCCGGCGGAGGUGGAGGGGGAGAGGAGAGGAGNGGGGGGGGGGGGGGGGGGGGGGGGGGGGGUGUAUUUGAGGGGCUGUGAGAGCAAAAAAGUCCAGCCUUCAAUUGAAAUUCUAAGUCACUGUGUUGGUGGGUUGUUGGGUUUGGUACUUUUGAGGGGUCUAGUUGGUUAUAGUGUGGGGCUUUAAUUUCUGCCAGAGGUACGGCACGAUUGAUUGGAUUGAUAGGAUGGGUGUAGUUUUGGGUAUCAAUUUCUGCCAGAGGUAGGGCACGAUUGAUAGGAUUUAGGGCACGAUUGAUAGGGUGUAGUUUUGGGUAUGACACGAUUGAUAGCAUGGGUGUA